AUUCUUCUCUUUGUCGUAAUCGUCUACAGAUCUAAGUGAAUUUUGUCAUUGAAACGUGUUCAUAAACCAAAACUUUUUUAUAAUCGAUUUAAAAAAAAAACAUUUGACAUUAACUUGUUUCUUAACAUUUUUAGUUUUCCAGUUCAAUGGAAAUAAUUCAUUUGUAAAUGAAAACGUGUAAAGUUACUCAAUUUUGAGAGAAAGUAUGAAAAUUUGAACAGAUUGUGUGUGAUGAAAAUUCGUUCAAGUUGAAAAAAAUCUUUGAAAAAAUAGUCAAAAACACUGUAUUUAGUCGUAUAAAGUGCAUUUAAAAAUGGUCGUGCUAUCAAAAGAACAGUUUGAGCAUGGAGAUGAUUCCGAAAAUGUUGCAUCAAAUGCCGAUGCAAUUACAUCAAUUCUCGAGUUUAUGAAUGGUUUUGCACGCAAACUUCGAUUUGGUGACCGAAAAAAUGUGGUUUUAAUGUUAGGUAACACGGGUGCUGGCAAAACCACAUUGACAUCUCUGCUCAGUGGUGUUGAGCUUGAGUCAAAAGAGGUGGUGCCCGGUUCGGGCGAGUUUGUGAUUGUUGAUGAAAAAGAGCUAAUCAGCGGCCAAUCAACCACCGUAUCAAAAACCGAGAUCCCUGAAUUGAUGUUUGAUACCGACAAUAAAAUCGCCUACUAUGAUUGUCCAGGGUUCAAUGAUUCACGCGGUGUUGAGCACGAUGUUUCGGUCAGCUAUUUGAUAUAAAAAUUGAUUAAAUUCGCUGAUUCGGUGAAGUUGGUGUUUGCAAUCAGUUUUUCAUCGGUUCGUACGGGUGUGGGUGAUCGUAAUGAUUUUAUGGAUUUGGCAAAGCAUGCGAUAAACUUUGCCAAGAAUAUCGACCGAUAUCGCGAUGGAAUUGCAUUGAUUGUGACCAAAGUGGAAAAUCGGUAUGUCACCAAAAAUCGGCAGCCACAAUUAAUUGACGAUGAUAAAAUAAUUGAAGCGAUUGUUGGAUUUCUGAAACAAGCAAAAACGGACUUGGAAAACAGCAAUCAACAGGACAUUUCUUUGGACGAUCAAGAGAUGAAUCGCAGGAAAAUCGCAUUCAUCGACAUUCUUUUGGAACAAAAUCAACAAAAUGAAUACACAAAAAUUGGAAUCCUUCGGCUAGCCAACGAAAGUGGUCCGGUGCAUGAUAUCGAAAUGCUACAAGAAGAACGGAAAACCAUUGCCAAAUUGAUAAAUCGCAACUUGAAAUUUGUGGACAAAGAAAAUACCGAUUUUGGCUACACCAUUUCGGAAGCGACGAAAAAUCGAAUCCAUGACAAAAUGGACCAAAUGCAAGAUCGACUCACGAAAGACGUAAAAAAUAUCGGCGAUGAAAUUUACGCAUUCUAUUUGCAACAAGAAAAACACAUUUCCGAUUUGAAUGUUCUGAAGGAACAAUUUGUCAUUGCCCAUCAAAAGCUUGAGGAAAUUGAAUGCAAUGAUCCGAAAAAUUUUGUGAAACUCAUCACAAAUGCAGCGAAUGAACUAAAAAUUGGCAUAACUAUCGACAAUUCAAAACAAUUUUGGAAUCACAUGGAAUGUUUGGACUUCAUAAAUGCCGUUAGUAAGAUAAACUUGUCGAACCUGUUUAAUAUUUCAACGGGACUGGCCGGCAUUCGGAAAUAUCUGCUCGAGUCGAAGAAAUGGUACUGCUUUUUGAUUGAACUACAUGACACACUGUCGGAGUAUAAUGUGCAGAAAAAUAAAUCAAAAUAUAAUGUAGGUGAAUUGAUGAGCUAUGUGCAAGGACAUCAAGAGGUGAACGUCAAUGACAUCGGUCUUGAGCAACUACUAAAUGAGAUUGGCGGUAUAGAUUUCGCAAAAAUUGAAAAUAUUCAACUGAAUUCAUUCAAGCUACGCGCUUUGCAAGAGAUAUUGAAUUAAACAUUAGUACAACUUCCUGUGUUUACCCAUUCGACUGAUGGCAAAUUGGUUGUGAAAGGAUACAAUAUCAAAAUUAGCGAUAUAUGCCAAUAUAUACCCAGGCCGGAUUCGGUAGUCUUGGUAGAUUCUGGUUCGAUUGUUGUAAAAUACAUCGAAGUCUUUGCCAUAAAUAACCUUUUCAUCGACAUGGAUAUUAACAAAACUGGACAAAAGCUGCAACUGUCACUCAUUGCACCAACAUGGCAUGUCAUCGGUGACAGGCAAAUUAAUUUGGAAGGAAAAGAUGCUGAACCACACCCUGAACCGAAAGCAGAAGACGGCAAAAUUGGGCGGUAUGAAAUUGAUGGCAAAAAUGGGUUGCCUGGCAAACCUGGUGGUGCAGCUGGUCAUUUUAUGGGCAUUGGCAACAAUUUCUUCAACAUGGAGAAUUUACAAAUUAAUAUCGGAGGCGGCAAAGGUGGCGCCGGUCAACAUGGCGGAAAUGGUGCAGACGCAAAAAAAGGAGAUGAUCCGGAAAUUCCAGCAUUCAAAAGUUUCGGGGCAGAUUUUAACGGUCUCAUAAGAUCGUCACGUUUUAAGUGGUGCAAAGUUCCACCAUUCUUCGGUGUAGAAUACAAUGUUAAAGGCACGGAUGGAUUGAAGGCUGGAAAAGGUGGUAAUGGUGGAGUUGGUGGUUAUGGUGGUAUGCCGGGGGAGAAUUUCAUCGCCGGAUUCGACAAUCACCCCGGAAUCGAUGUUUUGAACAAUAGAGGUGAUUCGGGAGCCGAUGGAAAAGGUGGCAAAGGCGGAAAAGAGGCGACGAAAGGUACAAACGUGGCUGCUCAAUACGUAUUCCUAGUAGUCGGUUUUCUAAAUUUAAACCGAAAAGAUUCGCCCAAAAUGGCAAUUGAGGCAGGUGAAAGUGGAAUCGAUGCUGAAUCUACAGAAAAUCUGCAAUGUGCCGAGAAUCCAGAUCCAUUUAUCAAUGCAUGUCGCACAAUAAACGAUUACAAGAGCUACGUGAGAGGAUAUCUGCCGAAUAAUAUUUUUGAAACGAAAUUAGGGGAAUUUUUGGCCCAUUUCGAAGUCGAUCAGCGCAUUCAUUCGCAAUACGACACACUUGGAUUGGUGCACGAAUUACAAGGACUAGAACGUCAUUACAUUGAGCUACGUGAUAAAAUCUCGUUGGUUCCAUUUGUCGAAUCACUUUUGCGACGAAUCAAUAACUAUGCUCAAAAUGGAAAACCAUCAAAUGACGAUAAAAUAGUGCUGAACCUUUUAAAUGCGGCUGCAUUGACUAAAUUGAGCAGCAUAAAAAAUCGUGAAAACUAUGCGUCAAUUAUUCACUUGCUUGCGUAUACUCAACUAGUACGAGAAAAUAUUAAAAUGCUACGCUCGGCGAAAAGAAAUGAAGCUAUUCAGGGAUAUCAGGAAAAAUUCGCUGAAUCCGUACAGAUGAAAAUUGAAUUGGCCAAUCACUUUAUUCAAAGCCAAAUUUUACCCGAUAUCAAGCGGAAUUUCACGGAAAUCGACCAAUGUAUCCAUGCUUUGAUUGAUGAAAACGGCAGCCAACAGUCGAUAAUUCGAGAACAAGAACUGAAAAAUGCUUUGUUCAAACAGAGAAUUUGGUUCUGGAUUGAAGUAAUUCCAUUGCUUCUGUGUCUUGGCACGACCGCAGCUGCUGUUUUCGCUAGUGCAGCGGUGGCGAGCAGAUUUCUCCAGAAAGGCUCUGGAUCAGUUGCAUCUUCGGCAGCUAAAACAGCCCUCGGAAGUGGAUCAAAACUAGCCCUCGAAAGUUCAAGCAAUGCGAGUAAAUUGAAGAAUUUUUCAGUGCCAAUGUCUGAGAUCAAAUCGACCAUUUCUAAUUUGAAAGCUAAAUUAGAAGAUGGUGUUAAGACUUUCAAGAAGGAGUUUCACUUCUUGGAACAGAAAUCGAGAGAAUAUUUGGGAAAUGAUACAGUGAAAGAAAUGAAGCGGAAAAUUGGUGAAAGGGUCAAAGAAACGUUGAAUUCGUCGGGAGUGGAGAAGAACAGCAAAGAUUUGCGGGCGAAUACAGUUCAAGCAGUAAAAACAGUGCAACAAUUGCCAGAAGAUCGAAAAGAAUUACAAGAAAAGAGUAUGGAGCUCGAGAGCGUCGCCGAAAAGAGUUUUGAUAUUCAAGAUGCACCAGCUGCACCCACAGCCGCACGAUCAUUAAGCAAAAAAUCGGAAAAUCUUCUUAGAAGUUUGGAAAUGCAAGAAAAGCACUUGUACGAAGCGAUAAUUCCACAGCUGCAUGAGAUCGAAAGCAGUGUAACAGCUAUGGAGCUCAAAAUAUCAAAUCAAUCAUACGUUGAACUCGACUUGAGCAAAUGGCGUGUUCAAAGCUUACUAAAAGAUUUAAAAGCAUAUUUCAAUCGUCUAACCAUUGGCUUCACAAUUGAAGGAGAUGUCAAGCAAAUCAUAGACAAAAUAAACGAAGGAAUGUGUGUAUUGAUCGGUGUUUAUGAUCGCAUCGAUUCCUAUGUUGAAAAAUUGGAAUUGAGUGCUUUAAUGGCGAACAUGGCCACAACAUCGCAUCGGACCGGCAAUGAUGAAUUGAAUAAAGUGAUUUCUAGCUUAGAGAAAAUCAUUCAAACCAACAUCAUUCUGGAGCAAUACGAAUCCGUAGUACAUGCAUUCAGACAGCAUAUGUUCCCAUUCGUUCAUCUGAACAUGACCAAUUGUUGGCUAACAUCGAAAUCCACUGACAACACUGACGCCGAUGUACUGGUAGAACAAGCCAUAGAGCGAAUCGACUAUUUGGCUAAACAAUUAACAUCUGCCAGCAUUUCAAUUGAAAAGUACGACAAGGAUAUUAUCAACAUCAAAUCUGACGAUUUAUAUACAUGGAAAAAUGCCGAAAUUCAACCACAAAUUGGACAACUGUUGCAAGGCGAUGAGAUUGUUCUCAAAGCGGACAUUGCCAAUGGAAUCAAUCAAAAUGCCGUGAAAUUCAACGAAAUUGCCAUCAAUUUCAAAGUGUCCGAUGACAAAGUACAAACCGAAUUGAACGAGAAACUAGAAGAUUUUGAUGUGACUCUGACCAUGAUGGGCAAUUGCUAUUAUCGAUGUGGAAACCGUUCGUAUUAUGUGCCCAUUGAUGAGAAUAUUGUGAUCGAAUAUUCGAUGAAGAAAGAUGAACAGGGUCAUCCAAAGAGUUCCAAUGAAGUUUAUCGCAAAAUUAAAGAUGGAACGUAUUUCUUGAGCCCCUACACCACAUGGAGCAUCAAAUUGAGCAACAAAAAUGGCAACGAUUUUCAUGAUUUAGCCAAACUCAAGAACAUGGCCAUCGAUUUGAAACUGGUCGGCAAUGUUCAAUACUUUAAAUAUAUUAAAGCCUUUUCAGACGAAUUUUCCGAUGAACUCUUGAACAAACAUUACAACUUUGAUCGCAUUAUACCAUACGAAUGUGAUGAAAAACUUUUGAAUAGUUUUUAACUUGAUGAAAUUGGGAAAAGAGAUCAGAAAUUCUGACUUGAGUUUAGUUUUAGAUUCGAUAUCGAACAAUCUCUGCACACAGAGCACAAUUUUGACGUGAAUAUCUGUUUUUUUCGCAUAAUUCAAUAGAAGUAAAAUAGUAAUUUAGUCAAAAAAAAAAAUGUCUUCACUAAUACUUCAAUUGGGCCUUUAAUUCCUUAUUUUUAUAACAUUCUGAGCCCACUGAUUCAGUAGAUCAACUAGAGAAAAAAAGUUUUGAUAAAAAUGUAAAAAAAAUUGAAAUUUUUCGGGAUAAUUCAAUAAAAAAAAUUGGGACAUAAAA